CUCUAGUCGGACGCGCACGUUGGAUUUCGCCAGUGCGCACCACGGCGUCGCUCCGCGCCACACCGAGCCGACGGCUGCUCCUCUGCUCCGCAUGUGGGAGCUGCAGGCGCGGACUCUGGGACAUCCGAAGUGACUGACAUCGGUCUGAGGAGGAUAUUUAUUUUAUUUUAUUUUAAAGAGCGGGAGAACAGGGAGGAGGAAGCGCGCCAUGGCUGCAAAAGAGACCGCAGCUGCGGGGUUCGUCAGCGUCAGCAAGGAAAUCACAGAGAGCAUCCGGAAGGUUCUGGAUAAGCAGGCCGUAAAGUUUGUGCGUGCCAUCAAGCAGGAGACGAGGAGCGGCAAGUCUGAGGAUCGAAUUCUGGUCCUGGCAACAUGGAGGCUGUAUCUCUUUGCUGUCAAAGUGCCCACCAAGGUGGAGGUAACCUUCAACUUCUUGGAAAUCAGGGCAAUGAACACCUACCCAGAACACCAGGUCGUCAUCGACACAGACAAGACCACGUUCUCGCUGAGGCUGCAGACGCAGGACCAGCUGGAUCAUGUGGUCAGCCACAUCAACUACGCUCUCUCCCGGGUCUUCCACAACUCAAUUUAUGCUCCUCCUAUUUGCAGAGCAGAGGGAGAUCUACCUGACGGGAGCCACAAGUUUUCUCCAAACUCCGAAUCUCCUUUAGAGCCUCCUAAAACAUGCGGUGGGUUUUCGGAGACGUAUGCUGCUCUCUGUGACUACAACGGAAUUGGCUGCAAAGAAGAAGUGCAGUGGGAUGUCGACACCAUCUACCAUUCUCAGGACAACAGAGAGUUCAACCUGCUGGAUUUCAGCCACUUGGAUAGCAGGGACUUGGCAGUGAUCGUGGCAGCCAUUGCAUACAACACCUGGUUCACCAAGCUGUACUGCAAAGACAUGCGCUUGGGAUCAGAGGUGGUGGAACAGGUUCUGCACACAAUUAGCAAGUCCAACAGUUUGGAGGAGCUCACACUGGAGAAUGCAGGACUCAAAUCGGACUUUCCACAGAAGAUGGCGUCGGCGUUGUCAGAGAACCCAGCCUCUGUGAUUCACUCUCUCAACUUGGCUUACAACACAUUAGACAACCAAGGUGUCUCCAACCUGAUUCAACAGGUCUGCCGCCUCAAUAAGGGCCUGCGGCUCCUUAACCUCUCAAAGACCUCCCUCUCCUCAAAAGGUGUUGUGUCUUUGUCUCAGGCUUUAUGUUCCAGUGAUGACUAUUCAAACUCCCUGCUGCAUCUGGACAUCAGUAAAAACCCUGGAGUUCUGUCUGGAGAGGAUGCUACAAACCUGUAUCUAUUCUUGGCUCAGCCCAACUGUUUGGUACAUUUGGACCUGUCUGGGACCGACUGCACAGUGGACUCGCUGUUUGGGGCCUUGCUGCGAGGCUGCUGCGCUGACCUCUCCUACCUGAAUCUCUCCAAGAACUCCUUCUCUCACAGGAAGGCGAGAGACUCUCUACCAACGUUCCGCCAGUUCUUCAGUUCGGCAUUCAGCCUGACCCAUGUUAGCCUGGCCUCUAUGAAGGUCCCUCCUGAUUCACUAAGGGCUCUGUUCCUGGGUCUGUCCAAUAACCCUCAUAUCUCCGAUUUACACCUGGACAUCAGCAGCUGUGAGCUCAGGUCAGCGGGUGCUGGGGUGAUUCAAGAGCUGUUUCCUCGGGUUUCAUGCGUGGGAACGUUAGACAUCUCCGAUAAUGGUUUGGAUGCUGAUUUGCUGGCUGUCAUCCCGGCGCUGUGCCGACACCCUUCCCUCAAACAUCUGAUGUUGGGGAAGAACUUCAACAUCAAGGGCAGGGUGCUGGAUGAAAUUCUGCAGAAACUGGUUCAUUUGGUGCAAGAGGAAGAGUGUGCUUUGCAGUCACUCUCCCUUGCUGACUCGAGGCUUCGCCAGCGGGGCACCGUACUGGUCAAUGCCCUGGGCUCCAACGCCUGCCUACGGAAAGUGGACCUCAGUGGGAACUAUCUGGAGGACUCGGGUGCAAAGAUGCUCAGUAAAGCUCUGCAAAUCAACACCACACUAAGAAGUGUGACGUGGGAUCGCAAUAACACCACCGCAACAGGAUUCCAAGAUGUGGCGAGGGCGCUGGAGCACAACUUUACCCUCCAAUACAUGCCCCUCCCCCUCGGUGACAUAACUCAGGCAUACCGCAGCGCACCAGAAAAGAUGGAACAAGCCCUGGCCAAGAUUCAGCGUGCCCUGCUCCGGAACAACCAGACUCAGCGAUUCUCCCAGAAACAGGCUUUCAGGCUGCACCAAGGUCUCGUCACUAGCACUGCUGAACAAGUGAUGGAGCGUCUGUGCAUUCGAGUGCAGCAGCAGGUUUGUGUCCUGAAAGGCUGUGAGGAAGAGGAGGAGGUCCAGACGGCCAGACAAAUACUCAAGGAGGCCAGGAACUCCAGAGCUCUGUACCCGUCUCUGUGCGAGCUGGCCCAUGUGCUGUCAGUGGACGGACCUGUCAAGCAGCGCCUGGACACUCUGGCUGGGGAAUUGGCCAAAGCUGCAGACAAAGAGCUGCAGGUGGUUGUGGACUCCAUGGUGUCUCUGUGUCGGGAGCUGUGUCCCAUGUCCUGCCUGGCUGCCGAGAGGCUGAGUCCUCCUCUGUCCUCCAUCUCCGAGCAGGUUUCCAUCCCUCGCUCUGCCAUUCGCAACGCCCUGAUGGAGCGAGCCGCCGAGGACAUCAACAGAGCCCUGGAAGAGGUGAAGCUGUCUGUGGUCUCCUAUCUGACCAACUCCAUCGUGGACCAGAUUCUCCAAGAGCUGUAUAACACUCAUAAAACACUGCUGCGGCAGGUGUCUCAGGCGAAGCGCUGGGACGACGUUGGGACCGGCAGACGGACUGUGAGACAGUCGAGACUAACUGAUUCUCUGGACUUCCCCGACGAUGAGUUUGGCGUCAACCUGGGAAUAGACACUAUGGCUAUCAGGAAGCGGAGCUCCAGAACCAGAAGAAUCCGUCCUGUUUCCACCAGACUGAGUUUAGGUGACGAGGCCUGUCCCUCCCCAACGCCCUCAGCACCUCCACACUCCGUCUCUUUGGCUCACUCGGCAUCCUGGGAGUGUCUCUCCACCCUCCCCACCAACGGCUCCCCCUUACGGCACGUGACCCACGUCAGGCCACGCCCACCUCGCCGCCACAGAGCCCUCAACGUUCCUCCCGAAUCCCACUGCUCUGAGAAUGGAGAAGUGAGCAUGCUGGAAGAUGGACUUCCUGAUUUCUACAGCAAGAGGGUUCUACCUGACAGUCAGCUAUCAUCCCUCCAUCAGGCCCAGUCGCUGAGGAGGAAGAAGAGACGCAGCAUGCUGUCCAUCUUCUCCGGCUUCCGCAAGAACCGCAACUCCACCAUUUCUUACCAGGACUCUGAUGGAGCAUCAGAGAACGUCUAUUCUAUGAUCCAGCACCCUAAGGACACUGUGAGGCCGGAGAGCGCCGUUCCAGGAGCAAACGGGAACAUGCCGUCCCCACGGCCGUCCUCAGGUGUACCUGCUCAAGGAUUAAGGGCUGCCAGCCCCCCCUGUCUGAUCCAAAGACAGUCUGCAGAUCUGGUCAGCAUGGUGUACAGCUGCAUUGGAGCGGAGAUCGAGGACUCAGACGGCAGCAGCACGGGCGACAUCCGAUCAGACCUCGACGCCGACAGAUCCAUCACGCUCUCAGACACCCCGAUUAUGAGUCGGACCAACGGACACCUGGUGUCUCCCAGACAGCAGACGGAGACGGGCAGGCAGGAGAGGAUAGUCCCCCUGACGGACUGCGGGAUAGAGGCGGAGGAGGACGUGUACACUGCUGCUGGUGGUGGCAGCGAAACUCCCUGUGGACCGAGGCCUGAGCCGCCUCCACAGAGCAGCAAACCCAGUUUGGCUGUAAUGAGGCAGAGACACCUGCAGGAGCGCCUGGAGGAGGCGGGAAGGCUGGAGGGACAAAACCAAAAGGAGAGAACAUACGAGGAGAAGCAGAGGGGGAGGGGACCGGAGGGACAGCGUCCUCUG